AUGGCUAAUGGUAGGCUGAGUUUUACAGACCUGCAAAACCCUUUGUUUUUGCACCCUUCAGAUGGUCCGUUGUGUAUCAGCGUGUCAAAGCUACAAGGGGCUGCAGACUACAGAUCUUGGAGGAGGUCAUUUGAGAUCCAGUUGUCUGCGAAACGAAAGUUGGGGUUUAUAGAUGGUUCUGCGAAAAGGAGUGUCACCGAUGAGGUUGAAGCAUGCCAGUGGGACACAUGCAACAACAUGGUAAUUUCUUGGCUCCACAAUAACAUCUCUGAUAAUAUCAAGAACUCUGUGCUUUUUAUUAACACUGCUUUUGAAAUAUGGAAACAACUUGAGAAGCGUUUCUCACUUACUAAUAGGUCUAGAAAGUACAAGUUAAAUAAAGAUCUGUUUAAUUUAAAGCAAAAUGGGAUGAAAGUGAGUGAUUAUUUUACAAAUCUGAGUAGUUUGUGGGAGGAAAUCGAGUCAAUGAACCUUCUACCAACUAUUAAUAAUGUCACUCCUGAGGUAACUAGAUUGUUAACAGCUAUAGAUGUAAUGAAAGAGGAGGCUAAGUUGUUUCAGUUCUUGAAUGGGUUGGAUGAUGUGUAUGAGGCUUAG